ACCUACGCAUUACAAUAUCGGGCUACAUCAUAAUAAAAUAAGUGACUAUUAUUUGCAAGUGGAAGUUUUGUGAGUCUUCAUAUUUUUUGACAAUGUUGUUUGGUAUUUUGUAGCCGCCCAAAGGAUUUUCUCAAGAUGAUGCAAAAGCCAUGCAUUCCGUUGUCGGUGAUCAAAGAUCUUAUUUGCAGACAAUGCCAAAAUUUUGUCAGCUGUGGACCAGUGUAUGUUCUUCCUUCAAGUGACACCAUAUUAUGUGGAAGAUGUCGAUAUUUGGCGAAAAAUGUAUACCAGAACAAAGCCUACGAGGCAUUGGCGUCCAUGUUCUUAUAUCCCUGUUGUAAUUGGACAAAUCACUGUUCGAGAUCUCUGAAAUGGGACGAAAGCUUGCAGCAUGAAGACCAAUGCACAUACAGUGGAUGCUGCAGCAGAUUUUGGUUGCAUCCAACUACAUUGUGCAGAAGAAGAAGAGAAAUGCCCUGUGGAGAUAUCAGAUUGGUUGCAGUUCCAGACCACUUGCUGGAUCACAUCAAAUGCGUGAUAUGUCAGUCAUAUCUCACUUGCGAACCUGUAUUCAUUCAGCCAAAUGGCACCAACAUUUGUCAUCGAUGUGUGCACAGCAAUGGAGUUCCACCCAACUGUCUCAGGAAUUAUCUCUACGAACAACUGUCCAGCAUUAUCAUCUUCCCAUGCGUUUUCAGAAACAGGGGUUGCCCCACCCGCUUGAAAUUCGGCAAAGACCUGUGGCAGCACGAGUCCCAAUGCUCGUACAACCAGAUGUUCAGGAAAUCCACCCCCAAGCCCGGCAACCAGAAGGAGAAGGGCGUGAUCCAGACCCACUCCGGCCACUAUUACGGCACCAUCACCCCCCAUUCGGCCCCUUUCGCCCCACCUGCCCCCCAUGCGGACUUCGAUGCCAACAUGCAGCUGCUGAAAUCGCUGAAGAACAAGCAGGAAAGGAAGUUUGUGCGCGCCGAAGAGAUUGGUUCGAGUAUGGGGAAGGUCGGUUCGGAAGACGGAUCUUCGAGUGACUACGAUGUUGAUAGGGGGAGUUCGUAUGACAAGAGUUCAUUAGGAGUGCCUGGUACUCCAACCAGGAUAGAUGAACCUGAUAUCAAAGAGAGGCCAAACAAUCAUCAGCAUGCACCUCAAAGAGACUCUGGAUAUUACUCCAGUAGCGUCACAAGAGCUAACAGUGGAAGUAUAGCACCAGUCCACCCGGAAUAUGAAAACGUCAGAGUAUCCCGUAACAAUUCCUACAACCAACAACACAUUCCUGGUUUUCUGUCCCAAACCAACAUUACUCCAGAAAGAGCUCAAGAAGUGAUACCAAGAAAUAUUAACUACAGUAAUAUCGGGUUCCAAAACACAGAAGGGCUACAGAAAAACCAACCCUCGCUCCAUCUGGAUUACAGUCUGCUGGCUGGACACUACCCCAUCUUCAGCAACAAGGGCGAUGGAGGUGAUCUUCAGCACCGGCCUUCUUCCAAUGGCGGUGGUAUGAUGGUUCCAAAACCUAUACAUCUCAUGAGGACAGACAGUUUGUCCAGUAAUAAAGACUUGAUGGAUGAGCUGAAAAGACGUCAGAGUUUUUUGAAGAGCAAGAAGAUUCUCGAGAAAAGCGAGAAUAAUAGUCCAUAUGAGGCGUGCCAAAGUUUAGACGACGUUUUACAAGUUCAUGAUAAGAUUGGCCAAUAAUUGGUCGAUGGAUUGAAAUGGAAUCUUAAAUAUAUUCAUUCAAUACGUACUGUAUACAAAUGAGUAAGCUAAUUUUAUUUUCUGAGAUUUGUUCCUAAUCUAUUGUUCCUAUAAUCAUCGUUAUAGUUUGUCUAGUGAGUAGGUAUAUUUACUGAAACAUUUUAUAAAUUCAGAGAUGUACACGACUGAAAAAUUGAUAGAUUACAUUACCAGAACUCCUAU